AUGGGGUCCCGGCACUGUUGCUCCAGGUUAUGCUUGCUGCCCUCGUAUCAGCACUCAGAAGCCCGUGUCAAGGUCCCAGGCGGGCCUCCAGGGUUGCUAGCAAAGUGCCCCGGGCCUGUCGGAAAGGGGACUGGAAUGCCACAUGGUACACCAGCAGCCCCGAGUUCACCAAGUGCUUUCAGAACACCGUCCUCGUGUGGGUGCCUUGCUGCUACCUCUGGGCCUGCUUCCCUUUCUACUUCCUCUAUCUCUCCCGACAUGACCGGGGCUACAUCCAGAUGACACACCUCAACAAAGCCAAAACUGCCUUGGGAUUCUUGCUAUGGGUUGUCUGCUGGGCAGACCUCUUCUACUCUUUCUGGGAAAGAAGUCAGGGCAAGCCGGUGCCCCCAGUGUUGUUGGUCAGCCCCACCCUCUUGGGCAUCACCAUGCUGCUUGCCACCUUUUUAAUUCAGCUGGAGAGGAGGAAGGGUGUUCAGUCCUCGGGGAUCAUGCUCACUUUCUGGCUUGUAGCCCUACUGUGUGCCCUUGUCAUUUUCAGAUCCAGAGUCAUGACUGCCUUAAAAGAGAGCGCCAAAGUCAGCCUGUUCCGUGAUACCACUUUCUACGUGUACUUUUUCCUCGUGCUGAUUCAGCUUGUGUUGGCCUGUUUCUCCGACCGCUUGCCUUUGUUCUCCGAAAGCAUCAACGACCCCAAUCCUUGCCCGGAGUCCGGCGCCUCCUUCCUUUCCAGGAUCACCUUCUGGUGGAUCACAGGGUUGAUGAUCCGAGGCUACCGGCAGCCCCUAGAGAGCGGCGACCUCUGGUCUCUGAAUAAGGAGGACACGUCACAACAGGUGGUGCCCGUGUUGGUGAAGAACUGGAAGAAGGAAUGUGCCAAGUCUAGAAAGCACCCGGUGAAGAUGGUGUACUCCUCCUCCUCCUCCUCCUCCAAGGAUGCGGCCAAGCCCAAAGGGAGUUCCAAGGUGGAUGUGAACGAGGAGGCUGAGGCUCUGAUUGUCAAGUCCCCCCAGAAGGAGCGGGACCCCUCCCUGUUUAAAGUGUUAUACAAGACCUUUGGGCCCUACUUCCUCAUGAGUUUCUUGUUUAAGGCCCUUCAUGACCUGAUGAUGUUUGCUGGCCCUGAGAUCUUAAAGUUGCUUAUCAACUUUGUGAAUGACAAGAAUGCCCCGGACUGGCAGGGCUACUUCUACACAGCGCUGCUGUUCGUGAGCGCCUGCCUGCAGACACUGGUGCUGCACCAGUACUUCCACAUCUGCUUUGUCAGCGGCAUGAGGAUCAAGACCGCGGUCAUCGGGGCCGUCUAUCGCAAGGCCCUGGUGAUCACCAAUUCAGCCAGAAAGUCCUCCACAGUUGGGGAGAUCGUCAACCUCAUGUCUGUGGACGCCCAGCGGUUCAUGGACUUGGCCACGUACAUUAACAUGAUCUGGUCGGCACCUCUGCAGGUCAUCCUCGCCCUCUACCUCCUCUGGCUGAACCUGGGCCCUUCCGUCCUGGCUGGGGUGGCCGUGAUGAUCCUCAUGGUGCCCUUGAAUGCCGUGAUGGCGAUGAAGACCAAGACCUAUCAGGUGGCCCACAUGAAGAGCAAAGACAGUCGGAUCAAGUUGAUGAAUGAAAUCCUCAACGGGAUCAAGGUGCUGAAGCUGUACGCAUGGGAGCUGGCGUUUAAGGACAAGGUGAUGGCCAUCCGGCAGGAGGAGCUGAAGGUGCUGAAGAAGUCUGCCUACCUGGCGGCCGUGGGCACCUUCACCUGGGUCUGCACACCCUUCCUGGUGGCCCUGUCUACGUUUGCCGUCUACGUGACCAUCGACAAGAGCAAUGUCCUGGAUGCCCAGAAAGCCUUCGUGUCCUUGGCCUUGUUCAACAUCCUCCGCUUCCCACUGAACAUCCUCCCUAUGGUCAUCAGCAGCAUCGUGCAGGCCAGUGUCUCCCUCAAACGCCUGAGGACCUUCCUUUCCCAUGAAGAGCUGGAGCCUGGCAGCAUCGAGCGGCAGUCUGUCAAAGACGCUGGGGGAACUAACAGCGUCACUGUGAAGAAUGCCACGUUCACAUGGGCCAGAGGCGAAGCCCCCACGCUGAAUGGCAUCACCUUCUCCGUCGCAGAAGGCGCCUUGGUGGCUGUGGUAGGCCAGGUGGGCUGCGGAAAAUCGUCUCUGCUCUCGGCGCUCUUGGCAGAGAUGGACAAGCUGGAGGGGCACGUGACUCUCAAGGGCUCGGUGGCCUAUGUCCCCCAACAGGCCUGGAUUCAGAACGACUCUCUCCGAGAAAACAUCCUCUUUGGGCGCCAGCUGCAGGAACGAUACUACAAGUCUGUCGUCGAGGCCUGUGCCCUCCUCCCAGACUUGGAAAUCCUGCCCAGUGGGGACCGGACCGAGAUUGGCGAGAAGGGUGUGAACCUGUCCGGGGGCCAGAAGCAGCGUGUGAGCCUGGCCCGGGCCGUCUACUGUGACGCAGACAUCUACCUCUUCGAUGACCCCCUCUCCGCUGUGGAUGCCCAUGUGGGAAAGCACAUAUUUGAAAACGUGAUUGGCCCCAAAGGGAUGCUAAAGAAUAAGACUCGGAUCCUGGUCACACAUGGCAUCAGCUACUUGCCACAGGUGGAUGUCAUUGUCGUCAUGACUGGUGGCAAGAUCUCAGAGAUGGGCUCCUACCAGGAGCUGCUGGCCCGGGACGGGGCCUUCGCUGAGUUCUUGCGCACGUAUGCCAGCACGGAGCAGGAGCAGGCCUCAGAGGAUGACGGCAGCAAAGUGGUGGACAAGGAAGAAGACGGGGUGAUGGCUGUCACCGGUCCAGGGAAGGAGGCAAAGCAAAUGGAGAACGGCAUGCUGGUGACGGACGCCGCUGGGAGGCAGCUGCAGAGGCAGCUCAGCAGCUCCUCCUCCUACAGCGGCGACGCCAGCAAGCACCGCACCAGCGCCGCGGAGCUGCAGAAACCCGGGGCCCAGGAGGAGAGCUGGAAGCUGAUGGAGGCGGACAAGGCCCAGACAGGGCAGGUGCAGCUCUCAGUGUACUGGAACUACAUGAAGGCCAUUGGGCUCUUCCUCUCCUUCCUGAGCAUCUUCCUCUUCCUGUGCAACCACGUUUCCUCCCUGGCUUCCAACUACUGGCUCAGUCUGUGGACGGAUGACCGUGUCGUCAAUGGGACCCAGGAGCACACGAAUGUCCGGCUGGGCGUCUAUGGAGCUCUGGGCAUCUCACAAGGUGUCGCUGUGUUCGGCUACUCCAUGACAGUGUCCAUCGGGGGCAUCUUCGCCUCCCGCCGCCUGCACCUGGACCUGCUACACAACGUCCUCUGCUCGCCCAUGAGCUUCUUCGAGCGCACGCCCAGCGGGAACCUGGUGAACCGUUUCUCCAAGGAGCUGGACACGGUGGACUCCAUGAUCCCACAGGUCAUCAAGAUGUUCAUGGGCUCCCUGUUCACCGUCCUGGGCUCCUGCAUCCUCAUCCUGCUGGCCACCCCCAUCGCUGCUGUCGUCAUCCCACCGCUGGGCCUCAUCUACUUCUUUGUGCAGAAGUUCUACGUGGCUUCCUCUCGGCAGCUAAAGCGCCUCGAGUCAGUCAGCCGCUCCCCAGUUUACUCCCACUUCAACGAGACCUUGCUGGGAGUCAGCGUCAUCCGUGCCUUUGAGGAACAGGAGCGUUUCAUCCACCAGAGUGACCUGAAGGUGGACGAGAACCAGAAGGCCUACUACCCCAGCAUCGUGGCCAACAGGUGGCUUGCCGUGCGAUUGGAAUGCGUCGGAAACUGUGUCGUCCUUUUCGCUGCCCUGUUCGCCGUCAUCUCCCGACACAGCCUCAGCGCCGGCCUGGUGGGCCUGUCGGUGUCCUACUCCUUGCAGGUCACCUCGUACUUGAACUGGCUGGUCCGGAUGUCAUCCGAGAUGGAGACCAACAUUGUAGCCGUGGAGAGACUCAAGGAGUAUUCAGAGACGGAGAAAGAGGCUCCCUGGCAAAUCCAGGAGACAGCUCCCCCCAGCAACUGGCCCCAGGUGGGCCGAGUGGAGUUCCGGGAUUACAGCCUGCGGUACCGAGAGGACCUGGACUUGGUUCUCAAGCACAUCAACUUCAUCAUCGAAGGGGGAGAAAAGGUUGGCAUCGUGGGGCGGACGGGAGCCGGCAAGUCUUCUCUCACCCUGGGCCUCUUUCGGGUGAACGAGUCCGCGGGAGGAGAGAUCAUCAUCGAUGGUGUCGACAUCGCCAAGAUCGGCCUGCACAACCUGCGCUUCAAGAUCACCAUCAUCCCCCAGGACCCUGUUUUGUUCUCGGGUUCCCUCCGCAUGAACCUGGACCCGUUCGGCCGGUACUCAGAUGAAGAAGUCUGGACGGCCCUGGAGCUGGCUCACCUGAAGGGCUUCGUGUCAGGCCUCCCUGACAAGCUGAACCAUGAGUGCGCGGAAGGCGGGGAGAACCUGAGCAUUGGGCAGCGCCAGCUUUUGUGCCUGGCCCGGGCUUUGCUGAGGAAGACGAAGAUCCUCGUGCUGGAUGAGGCCACGGCAGCUGUAGACCUGGAAACAGACGGCCUCAUCCAGUCCGCCAUCAGGACGCAGUUCGAGGACUGCACGGUCCUCACCAUUGCCCAUCGACUCAACACCAUCAUGGACUACACAAGGGUAAUUGUGCUGGACAAAGGGGAAAUCCGGGAGUGUGGCACCCCCUCCGACCUCCUACAGCAGAGGGGCCUCUUCUACAGCAUGGCCAAAGACGCCGGCCUGGUGUGAGUGCCGGAGCCACUGCACCUUGUCAGAACUGCAGGGCCAGCGCGCCAGUGUCCAGGGACGAGCCCAGCGUCCUUGGGAACCCAAACCUCUCAAAACCAAAAAGAGAAAAAGGAAAGAAAGAAAGCCAAACCCAUCAAACCAAAAACACACAAAGUAGCUGCCAUCAUCUAACCACCUGCCCAGCACUGACCUUGAAGAAACAGGAGACAGCGCAGACACCCACCCUGGCCUCCAGCCCCCAGGAGACUCACACACUGGGUUCUCAGGCUUCUAAAAUGCGAGCUGUGUCCCUGGUAGUUCCACAGAGGGGCUCAGCAGCCAGAUCGGAGGAAUUGGUUAUGUAAAGUACACUAGUGACCAAAUCCAACCAACUGCCUCAUCUCUCCAGCUGAAGACUGUGCAUUCAAGUCUUCGAGACACUUCCUGUCACCUCGAAACUUAAUCUGGUUCCAGCCCAAUGCUUUGUUUCCUUGGGGCUGCAGUCCUGAGGUUGAGGGGCCUGGUGAAAAUCAUUCUGACCUUCAGGCUGUGUCCCAAGGCUCCUGGCAGUCCUCUUGCCAACCAUGCGGUCUUCCAGGCUCCCUGAUGCCAGGAGCCAACACCCCGGCUCUGCCCACCAGGCCGUGCACCAUGCUUCCUGUGCUCACAGAGGGACGUGGCUGGACCUGCGGCUGAUCCACACCUGGAACCCCAGGGCCAGGUGUUUACUGCUGACUCUGCAGCCUGCUCACCUCUCCACCAGCCCCGCCUUUCCCUUGCUUUCCUUCUGGCCUCUUACCACCCGUUGCUAGGGUGAGUUUACUUUUCUCAGUACUGGAAAGAGCGGAAGAUCUGCUAAAUGGCUAUGAAGCAUCCAGAGCAAGGAGCCUGAGGGACCUCCCAAGUAUUACUAGUUGGUACCAGAGUCCCCUGGAGUCUUCUUUGCUUUUUGGUUUUAAUGUCUCACCCCUAGCCUCUGGCUGGCCGUCAGGGGGCAGCAGAUGGCAGAAAAAUUGACAUUUUAGAUACCAGUUCUCUCUUCCAGGAUAAGAAAAGACCCCAUUUGUGAACAUCAGUGAUUUUUUUUUUUAAAGUACUGUCUCGGGAGAAAGACGGUUUGAAGAGUUUAAUUUCUUGAGAGGAAGCUGUGGGCCAAGGAGCAUGGACUGGCAAAACCUGGAUUUUUCUUUGGCAUUCAGUGCAUUCAGUGUCCUUGGAGAAAGCAGAGGUGGGGCCGUCAGAUGUCUCAGUUACAGACCAAAGUGAGACCCGACAGCAGGACUCACUGCUGCCCCCGGAUUCGUACUUGUUACGAAUUACUGUACAUUGCUGACUUCGAACCCAGAGAAGCGUCUUUCUUCUUUUUAGGUGGAAAUAUAUAUUUAUUUUUUUCUAAGUUAUGCCAUCCUUUCCUUCUUAAAAAACCAAGUUUUUCUUGGGGAUCUUUUUGUAAUGACCUACACUGGAAAUGAACAUUAAUUUGCAGUAAAAGAAUAUUUUAUUUCUUUCUAAACAACUGUUCCGUCUUCUUUCAGGCAUCAGCAGAGGUUUCAGCCUUCUCUGGUAGAGUCCGGAUGUGGCAGAGAAAGGGGUCUGUGAUGUGCCCUUGUCAGAAGGGGGUUUAGCAAGGAGGCAGCAGCACGGUGAGGGGCAGGGAUCAGACAGACCUGAGUCCUGCCCUCGGUUGUUGGUUGUGUGACCCUGGGCAAGUCACUUAAAUGGGGCUGAUGAGAAUGACUUCAAGGGAUUGUCACAAAGUUGAGCAGUGGCACUUUGGUCCAGCUCGGGUCCAGAGGCAGAAGUCACAUGCAGCAUGUCCCUUUGACUUAGGGUAGGCAGUGCUGUGCUGCAGUAAUGAGCCGUAGACGCUUGGGAAAGGAACAGGUUUAUUUCACACCAGUACAGGGUCGUUAGCCCUGCCUAGGUAAGUGCCUCCGUGCUGUGAAAGGAGCAAGGGGACAUCGUCUUAGGGGUACACCUCCCACGAGUGCUGCCUUGUCUUUGUAUAGGCAAAGCUCCUCUUUGGAAGGACCCCUGGCUGAGGGCAGUGCACCCUGGGGCCGAUGCUCUUAGUGAGGGCUGCCUGUCCCUCGAACCCGUCCUGUGGCAAAUUCCGUUCUUUCUCCAAAACACCUCCACAUCCAGCUACUCCUUCCCGCAUUGCUGUCCCCCUGGUCCCAGCCAGUGUCCUCUUCCCCUUGUGUCCAUACAAGGCUCACUCCGUGGUCUCCCGGCCUCAAGGCCCUGCAUACACUGGCUUCUUGGGAGCUGUCAGCUGCUCCCUCAUUCUGCUGGCACAGGCUAGCUCGGCUCUCCUGCCCUGACUGGGGAUGGCAGCUGCAGGCGAGCAGGGGACUUCCGUGUUUGAUCUUGCCUCAGUCCCUCCUCCGGGGCUUGCACUAAUGGGGAGUCUGGGCCUCUCAACCUUGCCCUUCAGGAGCCUUGGGUUCCAUCAUGCACCUGGGAUCAUCACAGCUCCUGGCCAGGUGUGGUGAGGACAAAAGCAUCAGGUAAGGCAUGCAGCACCGUGCCACCAGUCUGCUGGGUAGAGCCGCCUGCUCCAGGCUCUCUGUCUUCUCAUCUGUCAAAGGGGUGCAGUCAUGGUGCCAUCAUCCUCCAAGGGUCCUGGUGGGGACCACAUCAUGGUGCCCACCUCUGCAAGGACCCUUUGAGUGGCAUCCAGGCAAAGCUGUGGGGCAGGCAGUCAGCAGGGACAGCUGUGCUGGUGCUAACUUGGGUUUCUCCUGCCAGCCAGACCCUCCCUGUUGGCAGAGCCUAUAGCAGGGGGUAAAUGGCCUGGAGAGCGUCCAGCACAGUGGUGUCAGCCCAACAGCAGCCUUGUUAGCAGUGACGAGUGAUGUGCCGGCCACGUGGGCCCACACUCUGCUUGCUGGCCAGUGCUGGUCCAUGACGCAGCUCUGAGGGCCCUGAGUGAAGCCAGCUGAGUUGUCCAGACCCUGGCAGCCUCUGGCCAUGCUCCCUCCGCAGAGGAUGCCGGGAGCUCAGCUGCGGGCAGAGAAGCUGUGCUGCAUCUGGCGCCUUUCCCUAAAGCCCGGAGGCACCCCUUCGCAAGGUGGAGCUCUGCUGUACAGACCCAGGAGCGAAUUCCUGCUCUGCCCCUUACAGCAGGGGCCUUGGCAGCCCCCGUCCACUCUGCGUGCACCCGAGUCCUGCCUGCCAGCGGAGCCGCCAGUGUCUGGUAGGAAUGGUCUCAUGCUUUGUGGGGAGCCCGGAGGUCAGGGAGCUGAGAGGCACUUGCUCUCUCUUGUUGGAUGAAGGCAGCAAAUGAGUUGCUGGCCACACCUCUGAAGGGGGGAGUGGAGAAACUCCUUUGGAUCUAGAUUACCUGGGGAUGAUGGGGGACUUCCAAACCCUGCAUCUGGAUGGGCCACCAGGGAGGCGCCAUGGCCUGGACAGGGCAGAGCCAGCCCCAUGUCCUGGAGGCUUCCGCCCCAAGCCAGCAUGGCCUCUGCCCGUGUGUCUGCAAGUUCCACAGGGCCGUGGGGCCAGGUCCCCAGGGCCUGUAUGCCAGCGUGCAGAACUGUCACAGCUACAGAGGGGCCUGACCUGCUCCUGCCUCGAGUGGAGCCCAGGGAUACUGCUAAACAUGCGGCAGUCCACAGAAUUGUGCAAUUCCAUGGGAAUUGUCCUGCUCUGUGUGUCUGUGGCCACAGCCCUAAGACAGCCUGGCAUGUCUCUUCUGUGUCCCCAAACACUUUGCUGUGUGCCUGUCUUACCUGUGCAGCAGGGCCAGCAGCCAGUGAGCAGACCCAAGGUGGCGUUGUGAGCUUUGGGGGGCCUGUCUCACUGCUCUUGCUGCCCUUCUCCUGUGUUUGUCCUUGGGCUUGGCUCUGCUGGACCCUUAGUUUCUCUUUCCUGGUCCCUGACUGGUCUUAGGAGCCCAGAGCUUGAUUUCUACCACUGUCUUGGACAGGCCUGAUCAAUAGCGAGCCAUGCACUGGUCACCCUUGGUUACAGCAAGUGCUCAACUCUCAACAGUCUCCGGGGCAGGAGGGUAGAUGAAUCAUUCGGGGUGCUGAGGGCUGCAGGGGCACCCACUGAAUGGAUGUGGAAUUUAGCAAUCACAUGCCUGAGAUGUGCAGAGGCCUGGGCAGUGUCCUCACCCCUACCUCUCCUCUCGUGUUGGGGACUGAAUCUGUGCACGGUACCUGCUCUGCCCCAGAGGGGUCCUUUCUCUGUGAGGAGCUAGGGCACCUGGCUUGUGUCCACAUCAGAUAAGGGGCUCCUGGGAGCUUCUCUCCAGGGCGGAGGGGCAGCAGCAGGCACAGGGGCCCUUUCUCAGCCCUGGCUGCACACUGGGGUCCUAGGAGAAGCUUAAAAAUACACACCAAAAUGGGCCAGGUAUGUAGCUCAGCAGAUACCAAGACAGAGACCCGAUCUGUGGUUGUGGGGUACGAGAGGGGGUGUGUGACUGCACAAACCUUCUGUGACCAAACUGCUUAGAACUAAAUACUUGUGUGUGCACCAAGCACAAACGAAUCAGGAAAGCGGAACAAGAUUGGUUUUAUCAGUGUCUAUCCUGCUUGUAUCUUGCCCUACAGUUUUACAAAAUGUAAUCACUGGGAGAAUCAGGGUAGAGGGCACAAGAGAUCUGGUUUGCUUUGGUGGUACUGGGGACUGAACCCAGGGCCACAGGCGCUCUAGCCAUCUGCUCUACCACCAGGCCACACCUUCGGCCCCUUUUAAACCCGAGAUAGUCGAAGUUGCCCCGGCACGUCCUCCUCCCAAGGAGCCCAGAUUACAGGUAUACAUCACCACACCAGUUUCAUACAACUGUCUAUGAGCCUAUGAUUAUUUCAAAAGCAAAGGUUAAUUUGGAAAAAGUACACACACCAUUGUCCCAGCCCCAUGAAUUCUGAUUUAAUUCAUCCAGGGCAUAGUACUGGGUGGGGACUUGGUUGUCAGCCACCUGAGACCUGUAAGCAAGCAGGACUGAGAGCUACUGUUGGUGCUGGCUCCGGGGCAGACAGGGCAGGAUGGACAGGGCAGGACAGGCCUUGCCCAGGUCACCCUGGGGGCGGCCGUGCCCUGGCUCUCACACUGGUGAUACUCAAAUGCUUUCUUGUACUCUCCUCUCUGGGACCACGAAGAGCCUAGCUAACCAGCUUCGGUGGCUGAACCAGCCGGGGACAGUGGACAGGCCCGGCUCAGACUAGACCUGACUCCUGGGCCAGCCUGUAGAACAGUCCCUGCUGGCCCAGCAGCUGGGCUGGGCUGCCGCUUUCCACCACCUGCCCGUUGUCCAUGACCAGCACCCUG